GGGGGCGCUGUGGGGAAUAACACCGGCUGUUGCGCUGUGCCGCGGAGGUUAAAGGGCGGUCUGUGUAACGUGUCAGCGGGCUGUCACCUCACCGGUGUCACUCCACCCAACCGGCUGUUGCACACUCACACACCGGUACCCGAGCUGACCUCGAAGAUAGCUUCGUAAAAUGGCCAAAAAGCGGAGGGAAAGACGAGAGAACGACGGUUUUUCUUCGGCGCCAGAGGAGCUGAAGGCGGCGACGAGUGACUCUCAAGCGCUGAAAGAUGCUCAGCAUACUGAAGGGGGCUCUGCACGCAUGUCUCUCCUGCUUCUGGUUUCUAUCUUCACCUGCGCUGCCUCCGUCAUGUACCUGGUCUACAGGAACUUCCCAGAGCUUCCUGAUGAUGAAAUGGAGAAAAUCAAGAUCCCCAAAGACAUGGAUGAUGCCAAAGCUUUGGGAACUGUGCUGUCCAAAUACAAAGACACAUACUACUCCCAAGUGUUGGUGGCCUACUUUGCAACAUUUAUUUUCCUCCAGACAUUUGCAAUCCCUGGCUCUAUCUUCCUCAGCAUCCUGUCUGGAUAUCUUUACCCUUUCCCCUUGGCUCUUUUCUUAGUCUGCUUGUGCUCUGGUCUUGGUGCUUCCUUUUGCUAUAUGCUAUCAUAUCUGGUGGGCAGACCGAUUAUCUACAAAUAUCUCUCAGAGAGAGCACGGAAAUGGUCCCAACAGGUUGAAACGCAUAGAGAUCAUUUAAUCAAUUACAUCAUCUUCCUGAGGAUAACCCCCUUUCUUCCCAACUGGUUCAUCAACAUCACCUCACCAGUCAUCAAUGUGCCUUUGGGGGUUUUCUUCAUCGGUACCUUUCUUGGAGUGGCGCCGCCAUCCUUUGUGGCGAUCAAUGCCGGGACAACACUGUACAAACUGACCACAGCUGGUGAGGCCGUGUCCUGGAACUCUCUGGCUGUGCUCGGUGUACUUGCUGUGCUCUCGAUCUUGCCUGUUUGCUUCCAGAAAAAGCUGCAGAAGAAACUAGAGUAGAACAUUAAACACCUCAGCACCUCAUCUGCUGAUCCCGGCAUCCCUUCGGCUCAGGAACAUGAAGCUGUCACUCAAGUUGCUGUGCCUCUAUCUCAGACACAGAUUUUGUUGGUAGAGUCUCUGACCACUGGCCCAACAAGCACCCAUUGACCACAAAAUGCAGGCAGCGGUGGGGGUGGUGGGCAGGGGCAGGGUAAACCGGCCACACCGGCCACUGCUUGCACAACUUUUUGAGUUUCUGUGAAUUAUGUUGUGAUUGUGGCACAUCUUUCCGUUGAGUUAAGGCUCUGCUCAUUAUUUUAUGAUUCUUGCCAGAUAAUUAAAGGUGCUACUUGUAGGAUGUUGGAGUAAAACUCAUAGUUCUGGUUUCUCUUUUCUUGCUAGAAUUUUAAAAAACACAAUCUAAUCAGUACCUUGUUGAGGCUGGUGCAAACAUCAGUUAGUUAGUUUUUUGGACAGAAACCACUUCUGCUAUUACAUUUGUUUUGUCAGCAGCAUAUCGAUUGUCUGCAUCCUCUUUGUAGCAUCUUUAACUUCCACUCUCUUUUUGAUAUUUAUUUUUUUACAUGCUUGUUUCUAAUUCUAACCCAAUGAAGUGUACCACCACAGCAAUAACUGUCACGCAAAUUUUGAAAGUGGAUUUUAGUUUUUAAAAAGUUGUAAUGCCUGGUGCUUACCUUGGCAAACAUGCCGUGAGGAAAGAAUGAAACUGGAGGAGAAAAAUGUGAUACUUGAUCUUGUUGACAAGUGGGUGAGAUGCUACGUUCUUCCUUGGAAUGUGCCGGCAUCCGCUGCCACACACAUUUUCAGCAGUUCCUCUACAUAUUCGUAGCCACUGUAACUUGUAGAGAACAGACUUGGAUCAUGUAAUAUUUCCUAACAGUACCUCCAAAUUGCAGGAUGCAGAACUCCCAAUUUGUAAUUAAGAAUGGAACAAAGACUGUCAACACAACUGAUUUAUGUGGGGUCAGAUGUAUGCAACCCAGAAAAGUCGUCUUGGUUUGUGAAUCUGAAAAAUCCAGGAUGAGGUGGGUUCUCAUGGCUCGCAUCUGUUAAUGAUAGGUGAGCUCAUCUCCACCCAGUAAUAUUGUUUGCCAUGUCAGUAUAGAAAUGGAGAUGUUGCCCAUACUACGGAUGAUACACCAGUACCCUCAAUAAGACUGCCAACGGACUGAGGUAUCCAUGCCGUACCUAGCUUUUUACUGCUUCCAUUCUUCGCCAGGUGAGAUGUAUUAUGAUGCCUGAUUUAUGUUUUUAGUGUCCUUUCAUUGUUUUUUGAAUGACAAUGUUGGUGUCCUGUGCAAUGAAAGCAAGAUUUUAUUUUAGAUUAUAAUUUCUUUGUUUCAUUGCCAUUUUACCAAGGUAACUUAUUGCUGCUGCUUAAAACAUUUCUGGUUGGUUAAUAGAGACGCUGAUGCAGUGAAUGUACGUGCAGCACUUUUCUUUGAUCUCUUAAAAUAUCACACUCCUAGAAGCAGUUGGUUUGAUGCUUUUUGCAAUUUCCUGAUUAUUUCAAUAUCUUAAUCAGCAGAUUUACUACUGUGUACUACUAUAAGAUUCUUAACCCCUCAAACUCGGAUACAUAAAUGUAUGUGAAACUUAAA